CCGCACAGGUGGUCGCGCCGGUCCCCGCCACGAUGUUGACCAAAGUUCUCCUGAUCCUACUGGGCACGUUCAUAAUCCUUCCGUCGAGGAUUGAAGGACCUCAUGUUGAAUCAGAGAAGGGACCCUCUGCCAGUGAUGAUGAUGUCUAUGGCCCCAAACCCCAGGCUCCUGAUAAGGAACUCCCCCCUGAAGAAAUAAAGCCCACUGCUAUUGAUACCCAUGACAGACUUGGCAAAAUGCCAACAGCCACUGAAAUCCUGGAUGGUAUCUUGAAUAACUAUGACUACAAACUGCGCCCUGGCAUUGGCGAGAGGCCCACUGUGGUCACUGUCGAGCUCUCUGUCAACACCCUUGGGCCUAUCUCUAUCCUGGACAUGGAAUACACCAUUGACAUCACCUUCUACCAGACUUGGUAUGAUGAACGCCUUCGUUUCAACGGCAGCUUUGAAAGCUUUGUUCUGAAUGGCAACUUGGUGAGCCUGUUAUGGAUCCCAGACACCUUUUUUAGGAAUUCUAAGAGGACCCAAGAGCAUUCGAUCACCAUGCCCAACCAGAUGGUCCGCAUCCACAAGGAUGGCAAGGUGUUGUACACAAUCAGGAUGACCAUUGAUGCUGGAUGCUCACUCCACAUGCUCAAAUUUCCAAUGGAUUCUCACUCUUGCCCUCUGUCUUUCUCUAGCUUUUCCUAUCCUGAGAAUGAGAUCAUCUACAAGUGGGAAAAUUUCAAGCUUGAAAUCAAUGAGAGUAAUUCCUGGAAGCUCUUCCAGUUUGAUUUUAUAGGAGUGAGCAACACGACUGAAACUAUCACAACCGUAGCUGGCGAUUACAUAGUCAUGACGCUUUUCUUCAACGUGAGCAGGAGGUUUGGCUUUGUGGCCUUUCAAAACUAUGUUCCUUCUUCUGUGACCACGAUGAUCUCCUGGAUUUCCUUUUGGAUCAAGAAAGACUGUGCUCCGGCCAGGACUUCUUUAGGGAUCACUUCUGUACUCACCAUGACCACUUUGGGCACCUUUUCCCGGAAGAAUUUCCCACGUGUCUCCUAUAUCACAGCCUUGGAUUUCUAUAUUGCGAUCUGCUUCAUCUUCUGCUUCUGUGCUCUGAUGGAGUUUGCUGUGCUCAACUUCCUGACCUACAACCGGACAGCAUCCCGUGGUUCUCCGAAACUUCGUCAUCCUCGUGCCCAUGCACAUGACCCAACCCCUUCCCGUGUCCGUGUCAUCGAGCAUCCGGAAGCUUUUGUGUGCGACAUUGAGGACCCCGAGGAGGAGGAGGAAAGUGAGGAAGAGGAGAGUGAGGAAGAGGAGGGCCCAUCUUGCCCAGCCCGGCAGUCCGUCAGGCCAGGCAGCACCCCUCGCCCUGGUGGCUGUUGCAAGUGGUGCGAGAAGUACUGCUGCACAGUCCCCACUUGUGAGGGCAGCACCUGGCAGCAGGGCCGCCUCUUCAUCCAUGUCUACCGCCUUGAUAACUACUCGCGAGUGAUUUUCCCAGUCACCUUCUUUUUCUUCAAUGUGCUCUACUGGCUUGUUUGCCUUAACCUGUAGGCACCAGCUGGUACCCUGUGGGGCAGCCUCCCCAGUUCCCCAGGAGGUCCCACAGCCUUUGCCUAGGGAGUUGGGGGAAAAUAGCAGCAGCAGCAGCAGGAGCAAACUAGAGAGUGUCUUUCCUUCCCCCUUGCCCAAAUAGAAGCCUGCAGAGAAUUGGUCCUUGCUGGCCCUCUCCCCUACCUGGCCCAUUCACUGAAUCUCCUUAGCAGCCCAUUUCAAGUAAAAUGACACCCCUCUCUAUUCCUCAAGGGGCAUUUAUGAUGCUCAGGCUUCAAAAUGUAGGCUCUCAGUGACCAGCUCCCUAAGAUGGUGUCCAUGUAUGAGUGGAUUAGCUAUCUCCCAAAAGGGCUAAUACCCACUGCCUUUUCCCAGAAACCCAGUACUGCCUUUGUGGUGCUCCAGGCCCAGCUCUGGCCUCAGCCUCAAAGUGCACAGACCAGCUACUUGCCUGUUCCUGACACCUCCUUAAGAUGCUGGGCAGCAGUGUUAGCAGCAGGAGGGAAUCCCCAUCCUUAAGUCAGAUUAUUAUAUUCUUGAUUCUGUCUCCCUGACCUCCCUUCCCCUGCAGAUAGACGGACACUGACAUUAUCCCUUUAGGAGGAGGGGAGUCAGCAAUUGAGGACAGUAUCCCUCCCUCUGCUGCUGUGACAUCUCCAUCUCCCUUCCCCGCUGGCCUUCAUUCCUCAUCUGCAGUACCAAUUCAAUACCUUGCAUCCAGUGGGUAUCUAUUUUCGUGUGUGAUGAUACUAUGACCCCCUGCUUUUUAUGCCACCUUCUUCCUCCUCCUUGACCCUUGUGACUCUUUCUGUAACUUUCCCAGUGACUUUCCCAGCCCCGACCCAGGUGCUAGGCCAUGGUGAU